CUUAGGGCAAUAGCUCUCGCUAAUUGGCACAGAGCCGCCUACUCGUCUGAUGGACCUGAUCUCUUGGGCUUCUAGCCAGGAGCGUGUGUUGCGCGCCGAGAAGGUGCUUGCCCCGCCGUCGGUUCCUACCGUCGCUUACGCCGCGCAAACCCCUCGCCCCAAAAUCCGCACGCAGACUGCUACUCGCGCCCGUCAACAGCGCGCUGCCACCCGCGCGUCUGCGCCUGCUGCUGCGACCGCCCGCGCGGACCCACAACCCUCUGGCCGUGAUGGCUGGCAGCCUGCUAAUCGCCGCGGCUCCAAGCGCGCCGCCGAUGGCCCUGCCCUGAACCCCCUGCAGCUGACGCGCAUCCGUCACAGCUCGGGCCGGCUCCUCUCCAUGGUGGAAAAGGAGAUGUGCGACACCCGCGGUCUGUGUUACUUCUGCUUUGGCCAGAACCACCGCUCGUCUGAGUGCCCUCUGGCUCAGCGCGAUGGGAACGGUGGUGGUGGUGGUGGCGGUGGUGGUGCCGCUGGUGGUGGUGGUGGUGGUGGUGUUCGCCGCCGCGAGAACGGCAACGGGCCCCGCCGGGCUCAGGCCCAGGUGGCCGAGGCCGCUGACGCCCGUGAUUAGGGUGUUGCCCAGCGCUGUGAUUGUGGCCAGCGCGUUGGGACAUGUUGCUCUGUGAAGUUUGCAAGCUUGAACGUUACGCACGCGCGUGACUUGUGCUUUGUGGAUGACGCCGCUCUCUCUUUGGUGGAAGAGAAGAUUGGUCGGCCUGUCACUUCGGAUGCUUGCUCCGCUGCGGUGCGCAUGUGUAAAUCCCGGAUGAUUGG